UUUCCAGUGUAAGCUGUUGCAAGAUAUAAUACUCACAGUCUGUACUUUUAUGCACUUGGCUAUAAACCUCUGAACAGAUGCAUCUCCAGGUGCACCAAAUGCAUUCACUUGACGCCUGAAGGGGGGCGGUCCCUGCUGCUGAGACCCUUUGUUGUCCUGGAGAACCACCUCUGGAGUUGACACUCGGACAGGACCUUUGUACCCUUGGCUUUUUUUUUCUUUUUACAGCCACACCUGUGGCCCAUGGAGACCCCCCAGCUGGGGGUCAAAUCAGAGCUGAGCUGGUGGUCUAAGCCACAGUCACAGCAACACCAGAUCUGAGACCCAUCUGCGACCUACAUGGCAGCUUGUGGCCACGCCGGAGCCUUCACCUACCAGGGGGUGGGAGGGGGAGCCAGGGAUUGAACCUGCAUCCUCAGAGACAACGUCUGGUCCUUAACCCUCUGAGCCACAGUGGGAACUCCUAAACUCCAAGGCCUCAUAGACCAGAUGCCUCUGACCCUUCUGCAGAUAUAUCUCCCACCCCCGCUCACCCGGCAAAGCCCUCUCGCUUCCUCUUUGCUAUGUUGUGAGGGCUUUCAUGCCCUGUGACCAGCCCUGCCAUGAAAGGACUCUGCUUUUGCUGAAUAAUUAAAAGCAGGAAAUACUCACUCCAUAAAAGGAAGCGAAUGUUUAAGAAAUUCAAAGGUAGUCUGGACAAGCAGAGGGUGCAAGCCUGUGCCCAGGCAGAACUUCCAGAGUCCACUGGGAGCCGAGCGUGCUUUGCAGGCGUAGGUUGGAGGGACUAUGUGGCUGCCCCCGGCUCUGCUCCUUCUCAGCCUCCCAGGCUCUUUCUCCAUCCAAGGCCCAGAGACCGUGAAAGGCCCCGAGCGGGGGUCGGUGACCGUGCAGUGUCAGUACGACCGGGGCUGGGAGACCUACAGGAAGUGGUGGUGCCGCGGGACCAGGUGGAACACCUGCAGGAUCCUCAUUCAGACCCAAGGAACAGAAGAAGAGGUGCUGGGGGACCGUGUGUCCAUCAGGGACGACCAGCGACACCGCUUGCUCUCAGUGACCAUGUGGCAGCUCCAUCGAAACGACAUGGACAGUUACUGGUGCGGGAUACAGAAGACCGGGGUGGACCUGGGCUUCCGAGUUCAAGUGGUCAUUGACCCAGAGGGGACGAUUCAGACCGAGUCAGGAAGCUGGUUCUCCAGGAAUAUGGAUAACAGCCGUACAAACCAGUCCUCCAAACCCCACAUCAGGACCCACUACGUGCUCCUGGUGUUUGUGAAGGUGCCCAUCUUGCUGGUCUUGGUUGGCAUCGUGCUCUGGUUGAAGGACCCUCAGAGGGACCCCGAGGAGCCAAGGGGACAGCCCAUCUCUGCAAACUUAUCCUCUGACCCUCUGACCAAAGUCACAGCCCUUUAGACUGGCAGGUGAGCAGAGCCUUCCAACCCUGGACGCCACCUCCAGAAGAGGCACGGCCAUGGAAGAAACACCUCUGAGGGGUCAGGAUGCAGUGACUGAGGCUGGGGACCCUGGGGGCUGCCCGCCCUGCCCUGCACACCUCUCAGGGACAUUGCUCUGGCCCCUCCUGCUGUGUCGUCCCUUGUUCCCGCUUCCCGGGGAGCAAGUGCCCCGCCUUCCACCCCACGGGGUCAGGGCUCAUGUUGGGAGCUGCUGGGACGGAGCCCAAGUUCAGACGGUCCUGUCCCCACCGCCGGAAGAAUUCAGGUGCAGCGCCGGGGGCCACGGCACAGAGAGAAGCCACAGGGACAUGGGAGAAGGAGAGGGGCGGGGCCUGCCGGGUCCCCGGCUCCCUGCAUCCCUGCGUCCAGCUCUGCACGCUCUCUGUCCGAGCGCCUGAUACAUGGGCUUUUCAAUCUUUUUUCCUGAAGCUAAUCAAGUUGGGGUUUGAUGGCUUGAGCCCGUGAGAAUUCUGACCCAUACACGCACACAUGUGCACACACAUGCUCGUGUGCACAUACACACACACACACACACACACACACACACACAGACGCAAACCCUGAAGAGGGUGAUUCUGUGGCAUGUCCUGGUUCUGGGCAUGAAAGUUUGGACUCACCCUUUUCCCAGAGAGGACACUGUCCUGCCUACACAGGGCUGAAGAGGGGGCCCAGUGCUGGUCUUCCUCCCCCCGUCCCCCUCCUGCUCCCCCCUCCUCCUCCUCCCCCCCCUCCCCCCCUCAUUCUUCAUCCUCCCGCCCCCCCUUCUCUAUCUCUUCUCCCCUCCUUCUCCUUCCUCCCCCCCCAUCUUUUUUUCCCCUUCUCCCCUUCCCCUCCUCCAUCCUGAGUCCCCAAGCUCCCGGCCCCCGCCACCUCUCAAAGGCUGGAGGUUCCCAGAGGCUGUGACCUGGGAGUCCGGCCUUUCCCUCUCCCCUCAGCGUGGCUGCGGGGGUCUUCCGUGGGGCUGCUGGGCCUCAGAAACUACCCCAAGUCAGGGAGGACGGUUAUAAAAACUGUCUGAGGAAAAUGAUAUAGCCUCUUUUAAAUAAUGUUGUUUACAUUUAGUUAAAAAUAUCUGGGGAGGAGUUCCCGUCGUGGCACAGUGGAAACAAAUCUGACCCCC